GCCUGUAUUUCCGUAUCGUAUCCAAAUCAAGAUUGCAGACGGGGAAGCGGUUUUGAAAAAGGAAAAAUCAAAACACGGAACGAAAAGAUCAUACAUCACACUUUAAGGACCUUUAAGGUUAAUAGUUACAGACUCUACAAGCCAGAUUUAUUUGUGACAAAAUGGUAUCAUACAUUCCUGAUUUACCAAAAUUCGAUUCUGUUAUUGAUGAUAGUCCAACUUGUCACCAAUCUCUAAAGUAUUGGGGAUCCAAAGCUGCUGAGGUUGGUGAUACUAUUCGGAAAGUAGCGUCUGGUCUUCAUCAUUAUCAUGAUACUGGUACUAAACACCAUAGAGCUGGAAGUAAUUUGAGUGAGGUAAUGAAUGCUGCUGCGAAAGCCUUCAAAUCAGAUAAAAUGUUAGAAGAACCUCUAAUUAAGUUUUCUGAUGCUUUGAAUCGUAUUGAAUGUUAUCGUGAUAUGCUAUUAACACAAACACAAAUGCUUGGAGUGGAACCGAUGUUACAAAUGGUAAAGGAAACAGAGAAAAUGAAGCGCUGCAGAGGAAAAUUGAACAAAACAAGUGAAUCAUUGCAUGUUUCAUGGGCAAAAUUUGCAAACCUUCCGCACUUAUCACAUUUGCCAGAGCCUCAACUGCUGGAUAAAAAUGCUCAUAGCAUGAUAACGGCACGCCAAAAAUACCAACUUUACUUGGCAGAUUACACUGAAAAUGUUCGGAAGACUAACACUCAAAAGAAGGUUUUGUUGACACAGCGGAUUCUUGAGCAUAUGCUUGCACAGUUUUCUUUUUUCAACUAUUGUCAGCAGAUAUUAAAAGAUUUGGAGCCUUAUAUGAAUACUCUAUUUGAAGAUCUCCAGAUUAAACUGGCUGAGGACGAGCAAAUGAGUGCAGCAGACGAGAUAGCUCGCAGAAAAAUUGAGACAGAGAUUGACAACCUAGCUAUUAAAGAAAGAAGCAUGUUUCCUUCUGGUGAACAAUGGUCAAAUCCUGCUCAAAGCACUGGUAGAUUUUUCAAUAAAGUAGGCGGAUUUAUCUCGUCUGGUGUUAAAGAUUUAAAGAAAAGUUAUAAAGAAGAUGGCAAUAAAGCAGAGGAACAAGAUUGGGAGGUUAUAGAUGAACCAAAGAAGGAGGGUGAGGAGUUCACUGACGAACCGUCUCCACGUACUGCAUCUAUGUCCACUGCUUCACAUUUUUAUUUACCUUUGAACGAUGAUACAAACUCGAAUCCCAAUGCCGAUUUAGUGAAAGAUGAGGAAAUUGAUAAAAAUGAAGAAAAUAAAGAAAAUGAACCUGAUGGAAUGCUUAAAAAUAACAAAGUAGCUGCAGUUGAUGAAACAAAAAUGAGCCACGAGGAUGAGCUCAGUAAGAAGGGAUAUUUACGCAUCAAGCAGAAAGCUUUCCCGAAAAGUAAAUAUCCCUUGCUAUAUUUCAUUCUGGACAAAAAAUAUGGUGAAUUACUAUCUCAAGGACAAGAUCAGAAGCAACCGAAAACUUUUGCCAAGCUGAUGUUAUCAGCAGUGAAAUUAUGCGACUCCAACGAAACUGAUAGAAACUAUUGCUUUCAGCUGGUUACAAGUGACGCCGAGCAUACGUUACAAGCUCGUAACAGUGAAGAGUUGUCUGAUUGGAUGAAAGCUAUACAGGACGGAAUAGCUACCGCAUUGGAUGGCAACCAAGAAAGACAGAGGUUACACGCACGUGGACGCAGUUUGAAAGAUUUCCAACAGGAAAGAAAAAUGAGCACGACCGCCCACGAUGCUGUUGAACGACUAAAAGCUAUAGAUGGAAACGACAAAUGCGCCGAUUGUUCCUGUCCCAGACCUGGUUGGGCGAGUUCAAAUUUAGGAGUUGUCAUAUGUAUUGAGUGUUCGGGUGUUCACCGUGGAUUGGGUGUGCACAUAUCGAAAGUAAAGUCGUUAUCGUUGGAUAAAUGGGAGAAAUCCUUACUGGAGUUUAUGGAGAGUCAUGGUAACACUAAAGUAAAUAAAGUUUAUGAAGCCAAUAUGGGUUCCGUAAAGAAGAUAAGUCGCGAUUCAUCCAAGGUGGAACGGCUGGGAUAUAUCAAGUCAAAAUAUGUCGAUAAAGCUUUUUAUGUUGCAGAAGCUAAUGAAGAGGAGGAAGAAGAAGAAUUAGAUGAAGAUGAAGUUGAAAGUGAGAAUGAACCAACACUAGACAAUGAGCAUGACGAAGAAGAUAAUCAAGUUAAUUUGUCAAUCAUGUGUCUUGUCAAAAAUUGUGAGGAGUGUAAAGCUGGUCGCCAUGGUAAUGUCCCAAAUAAAUUAGAUGGUUCAAAAUCGGAAGCAUCUGGAUUGGUUGUCGCUUCAGAUCACUUUAGCGAGGAGAGUGAGAACGCGCAACGAAAAUCGUCUGAAAGUACUUUGUGAUAUGGAAUAAACACAUUUUUACAUAGGAAAUUAUACACAUCCCAGGAAAUGUUGUUUUAUCGUAUCACGGCUCAUCAGCUCGUAUAAACCUAUAAAUUUACAAUCAGUGUGCCUGUCCGCUGUGUCGCUGUCCGUAAAAAAUUGGAAUUGUGGUCAUUGUUUUGACUAUGAGAGGGAUUUUUUUGUAAACUUUAUUAUUUUUUUUAAAUCUACAAUCCUGGACAUAAUAUUGAAAAAGGCGAAUUUUUAGAUUUUUUCCACAUGGCCAAACAUAAUCACCUUGCCGAAUCUCCGCAGUCGCUAGGCUGAGGAAGCUUUGGUUCUGCAAAUAUGUAGGCCAAUUAAAGGGCGUCGAAAAUGCGCUACUGGCAGUUUCUGCCAUGCCAUUACUGAAAAGUCCACGCGAAGGUCUGGUAAGGUCUGAACAAUAAGGAAAGCGCAGCAUUAGUAAGAUUUUGAAACUAACUAAAUAGCCUAAGGUCCUAUGUCAAAAGUCAAUUUGCAUUACCAUUUCGAAGUGUGCAUUUCUUUUAUAGCAACUGCGCUUUUAACUGCUUGUCGGACAAACUUCGAAAUUCUGCCAUCUUGCAAUAUAUAUCGUCCGGAAUUGUAGUGAGGAAGAUAACCUUAUCCUGACCCGAUAAGAAUAAAAUUUGAUUUUUUUAAAUAUAUAUUUAUUAAAAUUAUUUUCUGUUUGUAAUACAUAGAAGAGCCCCAAGUAAAAAAAAUCGUCAAUAAUUUUCUGUAUGGAAAUUUGUAUGUAAAAAAAUCACAAUUAUUUUUUAUGAUAUAACAAAUAGUCAAAAGAAA